AUGACCGGCGAAUAUACCUGCGGGCGCUGCCUGCAGGUCCUCCGGCGAGGGAUCUCUUCUACCAGACCUGCGCUACGUGCGCCAAACGCCGUCAAUUCCCGCCGGGCUUAUGGGUCUUCUACUACGUUGACACGAAGACUUGGGUCUAGGGCUGUGUCGCUACCAUCUACUAAUCCCCUCUUGACGACAAAGCGAGUACCUUUACUACCGAUUGUACAAAAAGCAAACUCCGCGACUAGGUCCUCCCGGGAUCUCUUGAAACCAAACAACCUUUUCCACAAGUUUUCCGAAUCCCCGGCCCCAGCAAUCCGACAGCGUGCGUCGUUUAUCAAGCAGAAUGCAUUCUGCCCUCAUCCUAGCCACCAGCAGACCCGGAUGCCGGUAUCCCCGCAUGACCCGGAGUCACGCAAAAGCGCCGUCUCUGGCUCCAGUGCUCCGCCCGCCCAUUCGCACUUUGAAUGUCCCGACUGUGGGAUCCCGAUUUACUGCUCCGAGGAUCAUUGGAUGGAUGAUUAUGAAGCGCACCUGGAAGUGUGUGAUACACUCAGGCAGAUCAAUGAGGACGACCAUGAUCUACACUCUGGACGGUUCUUCCCGGAGUUCUCUUAUCCGGGGCCGCAGGACGAGAACUUUGUGAUUAACAUGACGAAUUGGGAUACUUUGAUGUAUACACGGGAGUUUGAGGCCAUCAAUGAUGAUCGGAGCAUGCGACAGGUUACGCGGAUGCUAACUUACCCAAUGACUAUUGGGAGUGUCUUGCAUGAGCUGAGUCCGUACAGUAUUCGGAAGGACAGUCGGCUUACCACGGAGGGUCUCAAGAGUAUAAGCGGUGAGUUUUUUGACCCUUGA